AAAAGGUGAGGUUUGGAGUUUUUUUUGGAGUUUUUUUUUUGAAAAAAAAAAAAAAAAAAAACCCGCAAAAGAAUCCUACUAGGUACCUGUACCUAACCUAAACCAACAAUGUCUCUUCCUACUGAGCCCAUUAUCCUUACUGCUCUCUCAUCCUACCGUACACACAUCGGUACCCAGAACUAUCGCGCCUCUUCGGCCAUCAUUCCAGAUAUUAAGGCAGCCGAUCCUGAAGACCCGGAACUUUUUGACUCGGAAGAGGAGGUAGAAGAGCUUCGCCUGGAAUUUACUCUGAACAUUGUUGGAGCCAGCCAUGAUACACGCCCGCCGAUCACUCAUCCCUCGGAUCUACUGACGCAUUGGGACGCACUGGCGCCCCAGCUCGCCCUCGAUGGAGCCGCGGUAGAUCCCGACGCCUCCUGGCGCGACAAGAUGAGAGAUGUUUACAAGCAGGGAGUGCUACGAGGCCUCAACGAGCGGUGCACUGGUACCGUGACUACCUGGGAGUUCCCUAGCGAUUUAGCUGUCGUUCUGCAGCAUGUAGACAGCCUCGAAGGUCCUGGCUGGUAUAAAUAUCGCGACAACCACAAGACUUUAAUUUUCUUCGAGGGCUGGGUUCGCAAUCGCGGAAUGGGUGACUUGACGGAAGAGAUCGUUCUAGAACAGGUUAGGACGGCUGGCGAGAUCAUCGAGCGGACGGUUGGACUCGAGGACGAGUAUGAAAUUGCUGGAGGCUGGGUCUGCAGUGAGAAGGGAAACGAGGCGACUUGCUACGUCGUGUACAGCCGACCGCAAGACGCAGAUAGAGAGCAGCGUUGGUCGUGGCGCUACGUCGCUUCCCUGGGACAGUUCGGUACACACGUGUUUGAGAAUAUAGUCGAGCUGCUCGAGUGGUAUCAAUCUUACGAGGAGAUUCCCGAGGUGGACUGGAGUGUCUCUGCCGAGGAAGUAUUUCAGCCUUGAAAUCUCACUGGCUCGUCCAACUGGAUACCAGGUAAUAUUCC